AUGAUCGCGCAAGUCACGGCGACUUCGGGGACAGACUUCAUCAUGAUCGAUGCCGAACACGCACCUUUGACAUUCGACAUAGUCACGCAGAUGGUCCACGGUUUUAUGUCAGUGGCGACCACAUCCGUGAAGCAUGCCUUGAUCCGCAUACCAUCCCACGAUCUUGCAUGGAUCAAAUGGGCUCUAGACAGUGGCUGCUCUGGUAUCGUUAUUCCCAUGGUCAACUCAGCUACCGAGAUGGAGGCCAUUCUUGAUCGUUCACUAUAUCCGCCCCGUGGCAGGCGAAGCUUCGGACCCCUCUACGCCCCUUUCGCUGCAGGAGGCAACGCCGCAUCGUCAUAUGCUGGGCCUGGGGAAUACUUCCAGAGGGCACGACGCGGUGAAAUAGCUAUCAUUCCUAUGAUUGAAUCAAAGCAAGGGCUGGAAAACUGUGACGAAAUCCUUAGAUUGGACGGUGUUGAUGGGGUUUUCAUUGGCCCAGCAGAUCUUAGACUGUCGAUCGAUCUGGAGCCAGCAAUUGAUGGAGAGGAGCCUGAGUUCUUGGCCGCUUUGGACAAAAUCACCAAAGCUGCGAAGAAACACGGCAAAGUUGUCGGUUGUAUGGGAAUAGGAGAAGAGGCAUCGUACAAGCGAGGGUCUGAAGGCAUGGACUUCUUACUGUCAACAUUUGAUUACGGAGCAAUACUUGGUGGAUAUAAUGCUGAUCUAGCCAAGGCAAGAUCUGGCGUGGACAGAGCUCGAAAGGCCUCCGCACCACGGUCAGAGCUUUGA